AUGAAUUCAGUAUCAAGUAUGGGAGCGGGCAUGAGCUCCAUGGGCUCCGGAAUGUCGCAGUAUUGGAAAAAGAACAUAGCGGACAGUGUCUGGCUCCGGCUUUUCGUAUAUUUGUUGGCCGCGCUUGCUAUUUUGUUUCAAGCUCUUGUUAUUCUGGGCGAUGUUCCCGGUGCCCAAGGGGCAGGCAGUGGUACAUCGGAUUACUUUCUUUUACAAUUCAACUCUGUCGAUGGAGAGGCAACGACCCGGCUCCGCGUCGGGUAUACAGCAAUGUGCUGUUCGCUUUCAAGCGGACCUGAACACUGCGCCAUCACCGUCGGCAAAGACCAGGCAUCAAGCCUUCGGUUCCUAUCCAUUGGAUCAAAUAACAUAUACGACUUUGAGGCAUUACCUGCCAAUCAAACGCUUAACCCCAUCCUGUUUGACGUGGCGGCAUCCCUGCAAAAUGAUGUCUUCAUCGUUUUCCCCGCAAUCCCUGGCAUGCUUUUGGCCCUGGGAGUUAUCAUGUUCGCCCUCUAUGGAGCAUUGAACAAGCCAUGGGUUGGCCCAGCAUCUUCAUGGAGGCAGUCACAAAGGAAUCGAAGACUCGACAUCUUACGGAUCGUUAUUAUCGUGCUCAUUGGACUUUCGGUUAUCUUCGCUUUCGCUGCGGCCGUAUCGAAUUCGCAAAUGUUCGCUGCUGUUCAGCUCGCCACGAGCCACAACGCCGAAGCGCCAGGGAUCUUCCAGGUUACAAAGGGCAGUGCCGCGCUCGCGCUGCAUUGGCUAGCAGUUAUUUGGACCCUUGGUUUCCUUAUCGGUAUUAUGCAGACACACGUCGAAAUCAGCGCCGUCAAGAUCAAGGUCAACCCGAGCGACACGGCCGGCACAACCGGUGGCAGCCAAUUCCAGGCCAACGGCAACACGAUCGAGAGAGCCUCGCUCCUGAACGACGCAGAGCCUAUGGCGAUGAACCCAGCGGGUCUGGCUCCCAAUCUCCCCAAUCCAAAUACCAGCUCCGCAUCUGGUGGACCGUCUGGUGGGAUGGGUGCACGUGGAGGGAUGAGAGGCGGCGCAAUGGGCGCCCGUGGAGGGAUGGCAAUGCGGGGCAGAGGCGGUGCUAUGCCCCGAGGACGAGGGAUGUGA